CUCUGCUUGUCGAAACGCAAGCCACACGGGCCUUCGUCCAUUCGACAUCGAGAUCAACAGCUAACACCUAAUCCAAGGAAUCUUCACAGAACGGUGCCACUCUGGUGCCACUCGCGCUUGCAGACAGUCCUCUCGUAUACAAAAAUAUUCCAAUCCCGGAGGCCCCUUCAUCCCAGGAGCCCUCUCUACGAUGCAUCGUGCGUUGACUAUCCCGGAGCUCUUCUGUUUGAUAGUCAAUGAGGCGGGCGGCGAUCGGCGGCUCUCGGUCGACACACGGACGCUUGUCGCGUUAGUGCUCACAUGCCGCACGUUCCACGAGCCAGCCUUGGACGUCCUAUGGGAGAAGCAGUACCGCCUAGUUCGUCUUAUACAGUGCUUGCCGGAUGACCUGUGGAUGGUCUCUACUAGUAGUCAUCCCCCGAGAAAGACAUUAAUGCUCAGGGAGCCUACUAGGCCAACUACUGAGCUGGACUGGGUGCGCUUUGACUUCUACGCCAAACGGAUACGGCAAUUACAUUAUGGCGUGCGCUCAAUAUAUCCGCCGGAAAAUGACUUUGGCACUGUCUCCGAGUCGGAGAGGCUUUUUUGUUGGCUUUUUACGUCGAGGCCAUCCCGUAACCCUCUCCCCAGUCUAACCACCCUCCGUUGGAUCGUGAGAGAGACAUUCGAUUCCCAUGCAUGUGCGCAUAUGCUCUUCGGUCCACGGCUUUCCAGAAUAUAUAUCGAUGCAGCGUAUGAGGCUAUGCCCACUGCCUCACAGAUCAUUGUCCCGACAUUGCACCAUCUCCCACGUUGUUCACCGGAGGUCCAAAAGCUAGAGCUCCAGGUACUUUGGGAACCUAGCACAGAAUCUAUCGGUGUCGAGAUCUUGAUGUCGUUGGAGCGGCUGAAGGUCCUCAAAUUUAUGCUCACCAUGUCUAUGGUCCCCGACGUCCUCCCUCGGCUGGCGACUCUUUCAAGUCUCACGGAACUGUGGCUCAGUGUACAAUAUAUGGACACUGGAGAUCAAGACGAUGAAGAUAUCACCAUGCCCGAUGUUACCUUCCCUGCUCUCACAAAGCUGAGCCUGCAAACUGAUUACAUGUCUCAAUCCAACGUGUUUCUCAGGAUUUGCUGCUUCCCACGGCUUCAAGAGCUGUAUAUCCGGGUCGAAAAAGUUGAAAGCACGGAGUUGGACUCGGAGGACCUGGCUACCAUGGUCCGGCUAAUCAGCCAGUGCUGUGCACAUACCGUCCUGGAGAAAAUCAAUGUACAAAUCGAUGGAGACAGCUCUGAGCAGCUAUUCUCCGCCGUGUCAUUAAGGCCUCUCAACGUCUUUCGCCGUCUGCGCAUCCUAGAAAUUGGCGCGGAUCUACAUUUCCUCCUCGACGACAACACCGUCAGAGACAUGGCCACAUCCUGGCCGUGUCUCGAAUAUCUGGAGCUAUGGGUGCUAGCGCCGCCUCAAAGCCUGACUCCAACGACUCUGGAAGGACUGAUGCACCUCGCCAAGCACUGUCCGUCGCUGCAAACACUCGCUAUCAACGUGGACACAUCAAGACCCAUCACCACGCCUCUCUCGGAACUCGAUGGCAGCCACUGCAAUCAUGUUCUUGACGAUCUUUCCACUGUUCACUCGCCUGUGUUGGGUGAUCCCUCAGAGAUAGGAGCUGUGUUGAACGCGAUUUUCCCUAACCUCACAUGCGUUAAUGAAGACGAGAUAGAUGAAAUACGUGAUUCAUGGAGGCCAGUGGAGGAGGCGAUGAGAAAAUUGCGAGACGGCUGUCAGUCGGAAGAUACAGCCUGAGUCGGUGAGCCUUACCCACCGUUAGACGUGAAUUGACCUUGUCAUGUCGUUGGUGAUUAACGUGUGUUUACAGUCUCACAAACGCAGAUGUCGGUUCAUA